AUGAACAUUCAAUUAUUUUUUGCUACUUUCUUUAUUAUUAGAGUUGCUUUAGCUGCCAGCCUUUCAAUUUCAUCAUGGAUGACAAGAACAAUUGUGGUUACAAAUUAUGGUGCAACCUAUACAAAGACACCCGUCGAACUCUACACAGGGCAACCAACCACUACACCAACUUCAGGUACCUACACAACAACAAUAUAUGUCUCAAACUCAAUGGAAACCUAUACCAAAACAAUGUUGAAAACAUAUGGUUUGGUUUCGGAAUCUACUGCUUCAACUCAUUUAACAGUUAAAAACCCAUCGGAAACUUACACAAAGACAUUGUCAACUACACUUGAAGUCUCAUCUGGUGGUUCCAAAUCUGAAUCUUCAACAAGUGCUACUGAUGCUGAAGCGUUGACUUCAGGCUCCACCUCAUCCUCUGCUGAUGGUGCUACUGGACUACAAGCUGUCGGUAGAUUGGCUGGCUUUGAGGCAUUAUGUGCAAUAGCAAUGAUGUUAUUCUGA